AUGAAAAAAGCCAUACAUUCAGUUAAAAUUGGUUUGAUUCAACGAAUAUCUGCAUCUGCACAUCCAAAUGAUUAUGAAUUAACUUCUGAUAUUGAACCCAGUUCAAUUCAUCAGUCAACUAGAAAACAGGCUCUUGGGAGACGAAUUAGUAAAAGUGCUAUUUCUCAACUUGAAGUUAAUCAAAAGAAACACAUUUCAACACUUGAAACACAUAAAGAUGUUCGUCUAAAUUAUAUUGCAGAAACAUGUAAUGAAAAUCAACAUCAUUCAAAAAUUUCUAGCUCAUCGUCGCCUCCAUUAUCUCCUCAUCUUCAAAAAAAUAUAAAACCGACUCAAGAACAAUCAGUAAUUACAAGCAAUCUUCAUCAAAUACCUACUACAUCAAAAUGGUCAACAAGGAAGAAAGUUUUAGUAGGUAUUUCAACAUUUUUGACAAUCGCUACUCUUAUUACAGUUGCCACUGUUCUUGCUGUUUUACUCACGAAAUCCAAAGAAACAAGUACAACAACUACUACUGCAUCCACUGUGAAUGUUUCUGCAUAUUGGAGUUUCGAUAAUACACUGGUCGAUUCAUAUGGUAUUUAUAACGGUCAACCAAUAAAUAGUCCAACAUAUGCUUCUUCGACUAAUCUGCCAUAUGUAGGACACGGUCAAGCACUUUACUUUAAUUCAGCAUCGAAUCAAUCAGUUCUGGUUUCAACUCCUUAUUUUAAUUUAAGUUAUACAAGUUUUACUAUUGAAGCUUGGAUUUAUCCUAGUUCGCUUACAAAUGAUCGCGGGAUAUUUGACAAAGAAAAGUAUCGCCGUGGUCUUUAUAGUUCACUUUCGUCAGUGCAUCAACAACAAUUUGAUUCAUUGAAACCUGAUAGUCAACAAAAGAAUUUAAAUUUAAUAAGUGUGCAAGAAGGUGAAACAUUUAUUGAAGAUGAUGAUGUUGUUAUUGAUGAAGGUAAUAUUUGCUGUUAUCUUGAGAUGUUGAUAGAGAUAACUAAAGGCUACAGUCAGAUGAUGCAGAUGGAUGAUCCAGAUGCACAUGAAGAAGUUUAUCCAUUAUCUAGAUAUUCACCUGAAACUCAACUAAAAAUGAAAAUAGUUCUGUUUAUUCGACAUGCGAAUAUAAAUAAAACAAAAAGCAGUGCUUUACUUAAUCUAAUUCGAGGAAUAUCCGCGAUAGAAAUUCCAAAUAAUUGUGAUAGACUUUGGAAUGAUUUAAAUGUGAAAUUUUCAUAUAAAACAAUAAUCUACUGUUCAUCAUGUUUUAAAAAAUUACAACAUAUUAAACAAAGAUGUUUCAAUGAUGAAUAUCAAAAUCAAAUGCACAAAAUUAAUUCAGAAUUAAUAUUAUUUGAUGUUGCUGAUGAAAUUCAUUCAAUUGCUAUUAAAAAUUAUCAUCUUAUAAAAUAG